AUGCAGCCAGUGUUGCCGUCAUGGUUAAUCCAUAUUUCAGGGUCCAUCGAACCAUACCUAGCGCCGAACACCUAUCGCCUGUAUAGUAUGCGAUUUUGUCCAUACGCCCAACGAAUAGUGAUCUACGUAGCCAAGAAAAACAUUCCUGUCGAGAUUGUCAAUGUGAACCCAGACAAAGGUCCGAGUUGGUAUCUGGCAAAAUCGCCAUUAGGAAGUGUUCCAGCACUGGAAAUCAACGGAAAUGUAAUCUUUGAAUCAAAAGUGUUGGCGGAGUACUUGGAUGAAGUAUUUCCUUCGACUUCGGUGCUUCCACGAGAUCCGUUGCAGAAAGCUCAACAGAAAGUUUUGGCUGAACGACUUUCUCCGCUGAUGAAUGUGCUCUUCGAUCUGUUCGACUCGAACACGCCAGCCUCACAACGAAAAACGGACAGCUCACUGCACAAGGCUCUUCGCGGGGCUGAGGCAUUACUUGUGGACAACUUUUAUGGUGGUAAUACGCCUGGCUUCGCCGACUAUAUGCUUUGGCCGUUUCUCGAACGUUUACAGCUCAUCACACUCUCUCCCUACACUCAGUUUAGGUACUUCCCCGGUAUUCACUAUCCUCGAAUGGGUGCUUAUAUUGCAAGAAUGCAGAGACAACCUGAGGUGAAAUUCGCCAUGCGUCCGCUCUAUCAGCACAAAGCCUACGUGGACAGUUUUGCGGCAGGUAAUCCGAACUACGAUUACGGCAUUUCUCAGGCCGGAUAA